UUCUCUCUCUCUCUCGUUUCUUGUUUUCUUAUUGUUCACUUCUCUGAUGGCGAUUACGCCUUCUCUCCCCCUCUCUCUAUAUAAAUAUAAAUUCAUUCACAAUUAUAUUCCCUUUUCAAAACCACACGUUUCCAUCUCUUGUAAAGAAAGAAGUAGGUUUUUUUGACACAUAAUAUUAUCAUUCGAUUGCAAGGAAAAUGGGGAUUGACGAGCAGGUUCAGAAAAUGCAGAUGCGCCAGAACUAUAGGAACUUCUGGCACACCGAUCUCAUGAGCACUGUCGUUGCCGAUACCCCUUUUUGCUGUUUCGCACUACUGUGUGGGCCAUGUGUUUCAUACAUGCUGCGGAGACGGGCUCUUUACAAUGAUAUGUCAAGGUACAUCUGCUGUGCUGGCUAUGUUCCAUGCAGUGGCAGGUGUGGUGAGAGUAACUGCCCGGAACUCUGCCUCUGCACUGAGGUCUUCUGUUGCUUUGCAAAUUCAGUAGCCUCAACACGCUUUCUUUUGCAAGAUGAGUUCAACAUACAGACUACACAAUGUGACAAUUGCAUUAUUGGAUUCAUGAUGUGCCUGCAGCAGUUGGCGUGUAUAUGUUCUUUAGUUGCUUGCAUAACAGGAAGCGAUGAAAUUGGAGACCUUGCCAAUGUGUUGUCUUGUUUGGCUGACUUGGUUUUUUGCUCGGUGUGCCCAUGCAUUCAGACACAGCACAAGAUUGAAAUGGAUAAAAGAGAUGGUAAGUUUGGGCAACAGCCAGUUAUGGCCGUGCCUCAGGUGCAGCAAAUGUCACGCAUUGAUCAGCCAAUUCCUCCACCCAUAGGCUAUCCACCUCAACCAGCAUAUGGUCAACCUCCACCCCCUUAUGCUCAAGGUUAUCCUCCUGCUGGGUACCCUCCACCUCAAUAUCCUCCACCUGGCGCUUAUCCUCCUUCUGGCUACCCCAAGUGAACUGGACUCUUCCACUGAAGAGAAAGUAAUGUUGCAUGUGAAGUUCAAAAGAUGCUCAGAUUAUUUCCUCUCGUUGCUCCAUUUAUAGCCAUCAUUUUGCUGGUUUAGCAAUUGUAUUUAAAAUUGCCCAUUAAUCACAUGUGAAUUGCCAUAUGCAUAAAUUCAGAAAAUAGAUAAUUCGAGGGUACAGAAAAUAGGGUGUUCAAUUAGUUUGUGGCUUUCUGUCGUUUAGUAUUGAACUAAGACAAACAUGAAUGUCAAUAAUAUGUAAUGCGACUUUCACUUUUA